AUGGCGAACAAGCAAGGAAAGAUGGCCGGUCUCAUCAACUACCGCAUGAGAGUGACUAUGAAUGAUGGACGCCAAAUGGUGGGACAGAUGUUAGCAUUUGAUAAGCACAUGAACCUCGUCCUCGCCGAUACCGAAGAAUUCAGACGCGUUAAGCGCAAGGCACCAAAAGCAACAACCGCCCCUGGAGCUAGUUCCGCCGCACCACCUAUUGUCGAAACCGAAGAAAAGCGCACAUUAGGUCUUACGAUUGUUCGGGGUACACAUGUCAUUUCUCUGUCUGUCGAAUCACCACCACCAGCGGAUCCAAGUGCUCGAUUAGGCGCCAGUGUGCCAGGUGCUACUGUUAUCUCGGCUGCUAUGGCUGCCGGAACUGGAAUUUCGAGACCUGCUGCCGGAAGGGGUGGUUUGGCUGGCCCUGCUGCGACUGUGGGUGGUUUCCCAGGCAUGCCAGCUCCUCCACCAUUUGGACGAGGUGCACCACCUCCAGGAUUUGGCGGAGGGUUUCCACCCUCAGGUUUCCCGAGUGGAUUCAAUCCAGCGGGUCCUCCCCCACCAGGCUUUGCUCCCCCUCGCAGACAGACUUGA